UUGUCCUCUCCCUCCAUUCCUCCUUCCUUCCGCCCUAUAUUACUCCGGCCCAACUGUACUCGGACGGCACCGGCAGCCAUGGAUCUUCUUCCCCUGCGCUCGCUCACCCACCCUCUCCUCCUCCUCCAUCUCUUCUUCAUCGUCGUCGUCUUCAUCAUGCUCCCUGCAGUUACUCUCUUUCGACACCGCUGGCGCUCCUCAGCCAAGAAGCCCAAGUUGCUGCACCCACCUUCCCCCUGGCGGUUCCCUAUCAUCGGAAACCUCCACCAGCUCGGUUCGCUCCCCCACCGCUCUCUCCAAGCCAUGUCGAGGCGCCACGGCCCGCUCAUGCUCCUCCGACUCGGCCAGGUGCCCGCUCUCGUGGUGUCGUCGGCCGACAUGGCCCGAGAGGUCAUGAAGCACCAGGACCACGUCUUCGCUAGCCGACCGUCGCUCACCGUCCCCAACAUGUUCACCCGCAACGGCCGUGAUGUGGCCUUCGCUCCCUAUGGGGACCACUGGCGCCAGGUCAAGAAGGUGAGCCUCCUCCACCUGCUCAGCGCCAAGAUGGUGCGCUCCUUUCGACACGUCCGCGAGGAAGAGGUGGCAUCCAUGGUGGAGGACAUCGCCGGAGCCUGCGCCUCCGCACCGGGCCGAGCCAUCGACAUGACCCGCGUGCUGAACACGCUCGCCAAGCGCGUGAUCGGGCGGGCGAUGCUCGGGGAGAGCUCGAGGCACUCCGCGUGGGGAGACUACAUCGACGAGAUCAUGGGGGACGUGUCCGUCGCCAUGGGGACGCUCCACGUGGGCGACUGCUUUCCGCUGCUGCCGUGCCUGAGAAGGAUGAUGAUCAGCGGCCGAGUGAGGAAGAUGGUGGACCGAGUCGAUGAGAUUAUGGAGCAGAUAAUUGAGGAUAACGAGAGGAAGUGCGCCGCAGCCGAAGAAGGGGAUCAUGACGGUGAGGAGCCGAAGGAGACGGCGGAGAGCUUCGUCGAGGUGUUGCUGUCGCUGCAGAAGGACGGGGACGACGAAAUGAAGCGACUGAUGACGAGGGACACCAUCAAGUCAAUGAUCAUGGAUAUGUAUGCGGCUGGAAUGGACUCGACCCAUAUUGUUAUCGAGUGGGCGAUGGCGGAGUUAGUCAGCAAUCCACGUGUCAUGAAGAAAUUGCAACACGAGGUGCGACAAGUAGUUGGCUCAAAAUCAAACAUCUCCGAGGACGACUUGACUCGAAUGGACUACCUACGUGCAGUCGUCAAGGAAGCCAUGCGCCUCCAUCCACCAGGGCCGUUAUUGGUCCCGAGACAAUCGCUUCGUGACACCACCGUCAUGGGGUACCACAUCCCCAAGGACACUUGGGUCUUCAUAAACGUGUGGGCCAUCGGACGAGACUCGAUCUCCUGGGGUGAGACAGUCGAGGAGUUCCAACCGGAGAGGUUCCUCGACAAUGACAUCGACUAUCGAGGGCAGCAUUUCGAGCUGACUCCUUUUGGUGCCGGAAGGAGAAUUUGUCCCGGAAUUGGGUUUGCUAUUGCCGUCAUCGAGCUUGGACUUGCCACCCUCAUGCAUAAAUUUGAGUGGAAACUGCACGAAGGCGAGGAGAUGGAGAUGAGUGAAGUUUUUGGGAUCACAAUGCGCAAAAAGAGGGCCCUACAAAUUGUUGCAGCACCUUGCUUCUAAGUCCUAUAUAUAGUAGUAGUUCGAAACUAGGGGAAUAAUGGGAAUGAAGUUUGUCUUUAAUAAAAUUUUUAUCAUGUAUGGUCGGUAUGGGUGAAAUUAUUAAUGGAUUAAAGGUAUGUAGAUGGAUGACAUGUGUACUUUUUUUAAUGAUGGAUCGACAU